AUGGGCCGUACCAAGGAAGAUGCCUCGAUUGGCAUCAUUGGAAUGGGCGACAUGGGCAAAAUGUACGCCCAGCGCCUCAGUGAUGCGGGAUGGAGGAUAAACGCCUGUGAUAGACCUGAGAAUUAUGAAUCUUUACAAAAAGAAUUUGCCUCUCAACAAAGAGUCACCAUUUUCCCCAAUGGUCAUCUGGUUUCCAGAAUUAGCGAUUUCAUUCUUUACAGUGUAGAAGCCGGUGUGAUCGACCGUGUUGUCGCACAGUACGGGCCAUCUACCAAGCAAGGCGCCAUCGUUGGUGGCCAAACGUCAUGCAAGGCCCCGGAGCUCGCCGCAUUUGAAAAGCACCUACCGGCCGAUGUAGAGAUCGUAUCCUGCCACUCGCUGCACGGCCCCAAAGUCAACCCAAAAGGCCAGCCCUUGGUUAUCAUUCAACACCGUGCAUCUGACCAAAGCGUCCAAUUCGUUGAAGAAAUCCUCUCAUCGUUCGGAUCCAAACAUGUGCAUCUCACCGGUGAGAUGCAUGAUCGAAUUACGGCCGACACUCAAGCCGUUACGCACGCGGCCUUCCUGAGCAUGGGCACUGCAUGGCAGGCCAACGAACAAUUUCCUUGGGAGAUGUCGCGGUGGGUUGGUGGUAUCGAGAAUGUCAAGAUCAACAUCACCCUGCGCAUCUAUUCAAACAAAUGGCACGUUUAUGCCGGUCUCGCCAUCCUCAACCCGGCGGCCAAACAGCAGAUCCGACAGUAUGCCGAGUCUGUAACAGAUCUAUACAAGUUGAUGAUUGGGGGGCACCGAGAGGAGCUCAAGCGUCGGGUCAAGGCUGCUGGUGCAUACGUGUUCCGGGAUGGCACAGAAGGGCAGGAUCUCCUGUUGAAGGACGAAGUCCUGGAUCGAUUUUCUCUGUCCAACCGAUCCAGGGAGAAGUCGCCACCAAAUAGCCACUUGAGUUUGCUUGCCAUUGUGGACUGUUGGUCAAAACUUGGCAUUGUACCUUAUGAUCAUAUGAUCUGCUCCACGCCACUCUUCCGUCUCUGGUUGGGUGUGACUGAAUAUUUGUUCCGCAACUCCGAACUUCUAGAGGAGGCUCUGGACACCGCUAUUGAUGAGACAACUUUUCGCUCCGAUGAUUUGGAGUUUACAUUUGCUGCACGGGCCUGGUCUGACUGUGUCUCCUUUGGAGACUUCGAGGUCUACCGCGAUCGCUUUGAGCGUAUUGCUGAUUACUUUGCUCCCCGUUUCCCCGAGGCAGCCACGCUUGGGAAUGAGAUGAUGAAGACUAUCCUGGAGAAAACUACAAACAAUCCUUGA